AUCGACAAACCCAACAACAAACGCACAAAUGUCGUCCACUGCCAAGGCAAAUGGCAAAGGGAAGAGCAAGUCGGUGGCUGACUCGAUGCCCGCGGCCGAGCUCGUGUCUGCGCGCCCGCUCCCGCUCGCCGACGAGUACUUUGCCACUCUAUGCGCAGGCAAGCACGUCCAAGUACGCGUCGAGGAUGCGCGCAAGGGCAGAGGCCUCUUUGCCACUCAGGCCUUCAAGAAGGGCGACAUUGUCUUCACUGAAGCGCCGCUCGUCUGCGCCCAGUUCCUGUGGAAUGAGGCGUACGGAUACAAGGCUUGCCACCAAUGCAUGCGAUCGCUCGAGUCGCCCGGCGAGAUGGCUGCACGGCUUGCCACUGCGCCAACAACGGUGGUGGCGGCUGGGAGCGCUGUCGCCAAGCCGCGCACGCCGUUCGAGCUGCCGUUCAUGGACCAGUGCAACCUGACGAUCGCAACCCAACAGGACAUUGUCACAUGCGAGACGUGCUCGCUUGUGUUUUGCAAUGCUGCGUGCCGCGAUGCAGCCAUGGAGAGCCACCAUCGAAUCUUGUGCACCCGCAACGACGCUGACCAUCCCCUGCAGCUGCUCCAAUCUGCCUGGAAGUCCAUUCACUACCCACCGGAAACGACCUCCAUCAUGCUGCUCGCACGCAUCAUUGCCAUGCUGCGGCAGGGCCUUGACAAGAACAGCAAGGAUGCAUUUACAGCCUUCCAGCAAUUCUACCGCUGUUACGCUGACGCCGAAGGGCAUUUUAUCCACAAGUUUCUCGACAAAAAGUACGACAAGCAGCUGGCCUUCAUCCAAGAGUUGUUCAAGACUGCAUUGUACGACGAUCGCAUUCCAGAGCUGUUCACGACACAUGGAUUUCGCUCGCUGCUCGCCCUGGUUGGUAUGAAUGGCCAAGGCGUUGGCACAACAGCGCUAGACAUGUACCUCGUCGCAGUGGAGCGUCUCAAUUUGUCUGAAAGCGACGCCAAAACGCGCGACCAGUUUGUCGAGAAGCUAUUGGACGACAUUGACGAGCAUUCUGGCGAGUUUGACGCUUGCGAGGGUUCCGCGUUGUACUGUCUCCAAAGCUGCUGCAACCACAACUGCCAGCCGAACGCAGUACCGACGUUUACAGAAAACAAUGCAACGCUGCACAUGCGGGCGGAACGGGACAUCUCUGCAGGUGACGAGAUUUGUAUUAGCUAUUUGACUCCAGAGCAGCGACACAUGCGUCGAUCACGAAGGAUGGCAACGCUGCGAGAAAACUAUUUGUUUAUGUGCGCUUGCGCGAAAUGCGAAGUCCAAAAGGCCGAGCUCGAUAUUUCCAGCGAGAGUUCGGAUGACAGCGAGAGUGAGAGUGCGGAAUGCUGUUAGAUGUGCCAGACUUGUCGCUGCAGGUGUCUAUCGAGGCGCCUUUGUCGUUAUUACUGGCCUGGUUCUGGGCCCGAGACAACAGUGCAACAAUACAAUGAUUCGAUCGCC